AUGAGCGUCCAGGAGUACAUCGAAAAGCACGACCUCACGCGUAAGGUUGAGGAGGCGCUGAACGCCGCGGUGAAGGCCAAGGCGGAUGAACCGCUCGCGUUCGUGAGCGAGUACAUGAAGAAGCGCACCGCGCCGGCCAUCACGAAGGUCGUCGGUCGCCAAAUCUUCGACUCCCGCGGUAACCCGACGGUCGAGGCCGACGUGUACACGCACAAGGGUAUGUUCCGCGCCAUGGUGCCGAGCGGCGCUUCCACCGGUAUCUACGAAGCGGUGGAGCUUCGCGACGGUGGCAACACGUACAUGGGCAAGGGCGUGCAGCAAGCCGUCAAGAACUUGAACGAAAUCAUCGCCCCGGCGCUCGUUGGCAAGGACCCGCGCGAGCAAAAGGCACUUGAUGACUUCAUGUGCAAGGAACUCGACGGCACGGAGAACAAGGGCAAGCUCGGCGCGAACGCCAUCCUCGCCGUCUCCAUGGCUAUCGCCAAGGCGGGCGCCGCCGAAAAGGACGUGCCGCUCUACAAGCACCUCGCCGACCUCGCGGGCAACGGUAAGUUGGUCCUCCCGGUCCCGGCGUUCAACGUCAUUAACGGUGGCUCCCACGCCGGUAACAAACUCGCCAUGCAAGAGUUUAUGAUUUUGCCCGUCGGCGCCAAGACCUUCAAGGAAGCCAUGCAAAUGGGCUCCGAAGUGUACCACAACUUGAAGUCUGUCAUCAAGAAGAAGUACGGCCAAGACGCGUGCAACGUCGGUGACGAAGGUGGCUUCGCCCCGAACAUUCAAGACAACAAGGAAGGUCUCGACCUCCUCGUUGAAGCGAUCGAAAAGGCUGGCUACACCGGCAAGAUGAAGAUCGGUAUGGACGUCGCCGCCUCCGAGUUCCUGACCGAAGACAAGCAAUACGACCUUGACUUCAAGACUGAGAACAACGACGGUUCCAUGAAGAAGACGGGCGCUCAAAUGAUCGACUUGUACCAAGAGUUCAUCAACGAGUAUCCGAUGAUCUCCAUCGAGGAUCCGUUCGACCAAGACGACGCUGAAAACACCGCGGCGCUCACCGCCAAGGGCAACUGCCAAAUCGUCGGUGACGACUUGUUGGUGACCAACCCGAAGCGCGUGCAAGCCGCCAUCGACGGUAAGUGGUGCAACGCCCUCUUGCUCAAGGUGAACCAAAUCGGUACCAUCUCCGAGUCCAUCGAAGCCGUCGGCAUGUCCAAGCGCGCCGGUUGGGGUGUGAUGGCCUCCCACCGAUCCGGCGAGACCGAAGAUUGCUUUAUCGCUGAUCUUGCGGUCGGCUUAUCCACUGGCCAAAUCAAGACCGGCGCUCCGUGCCGCUCCGAGCGCUUGGCAAAGUACAACCAGCUCCUCCGCAUCGAAGAGGAACUCGGCGACGCCGCCGUGUACGCGGGCGAAAACUACAAGCACAUUGCUUGGUAG